AUGGUAGUGAGAGUGACCAAAGGAAAUGGAAAUGUCUGUGGGGUCAAAACAACUCAGAAACAGCCGUCUACUCCAGUGAACUACGCUAAGGGCGUCUGGAUCAUCUGUAAUCUGUUGUUCAUUCUGAACUACACCUUGGGAUUACUUGGAUUGUUUGUGAAAACAGUUUGCCUAGGAAACAGGUGGAAUUGUCUACUGUUGAGUAUUGUAUUCGUGGCAUCAAUACUACAGAAUGUGAAGAAUGGCGGUGACUUAAUCAACAAUAGGAAUACGCUAAGUGUGAUGUUCUUCCUCUCUUUUCCAAGAGGAAUAUUUCUAUUGCCCUACUACAUUCUAAGCAUUUAUCACGUGAUUGGAAAUUACCAUAAGGAACUAAAAGAGACUGAAAAUAAGACACCAGCACAACAGGGGCUAUUUAUGGCUGUAAGUAGCAUCCAACACCAUUGUAGGAUGUUUGGAACUGCAUCAGUUGUACUCACAUUCUGUAACUGCAUUCUGGCAUUGUUCAUGUUUGAGUUGCACACAUUCUUCUUUCUGCUUCUGAUUGUAAGGCAGCAAUUCCAUGAAAAUGAGGCAAUGACUAAUCUGAUUUAUUGGCUUGUGGAUUUGAUGGAUAAUCACAUUCAUAAGGCACCAUCUGUAUUACAGCAGUUGUAUACGAAGAUUAAGAAGAUGAGCAAGAACAAGAAAAUAAACCCAGAAGCUAAGAAUAAAUAG